AUCUACUCUCAAAGAAACAAUAAUAAUGUACACCGAUCUUGGGAAAAUAGCGCUGUCGCGCAUCGCAAAAAUUCGACAAAAAUAUUACAGAAGCCCGCGUUCUCUCCGCGGUUAAUAAACCGGAUUAUUUACAUUGUGUGGAAGAUCAAGAACGGAAAAAAAAAUCUUGCGGUGGAGAAAGAUGGAGCGACGCACAAGUGGAGAUCGGAAAAGGAAACAAAUUUAAAAGGACGACCUUGAGAUUCGAUAGAACCAGAUAUACGUCAUAUCGUGAGAAGGACAGAAAACAGGAAGCAGCGUGUUCGGCGAGAGAGAUUCGCGUGUGUUGCACGUAGCGAGUGCGAAGAGAGAGAGAGAGAGAGAGGGAUAGAGCAAGUAAGAAGCGGACGCGCGCGCGCGCGCACGUGAACUCGUGCUCGUGUAUGACAUAUACAUCGCGCAUCUCCUCGAGGUGUCUUGAUCGCACCCGCAGGGUGUAUGUGUGUAUUUUUUUCGCGGUGUCACGUCACGUUUUUCAGUUGGAGAAGUUGCCCCGGUGAUUUUCGGUGAAAAGCCGGAACGAUCCACUUGGAGAGUGUAGUGUAUUCUCUUCUCUCGACGACAAACGUUCUCGCAUCGACUCGUCAUCGUCCGAGGGAACGACGCGUCGUCGAUCAUCAUUGCGACCGUUACGACGGAGGAGGAGCGAGAAAAUGGCCGACAAUUGGACGCAGAGUGUUGUUUGCCGAUACUUCAAAAAUGGUGCUUGUCGCGAGGGAAACAACUGUCGAUAUCGACAUGUACAAGCGACUAGGAACGACACAAAUGUCAACGAGACAAUGACAAUUCCGAGUAACAGCCUUGCCUGCAAUGUUGCUUGUCGCUUCUUCAAACAUGGCUUAUGUAAAUUUGGCAAUCAUUGCCGCUUUCGCCAUAAUUCAGGUACUGCGGAUAGCGAUGUUGUGCAAACUAAUGCGAUAGAAAAUUCUGCCUCGGGUCAUACAGCAAACUCUUCGAAAAAUAAACAAACUGAUAAACGUACUGCUGAAGAUUGGGUAAAAGCACCUGAGUUUAUACCUACAGCUGUAUCUCCAGUUGCUGGAUCAUCUUCUACAGAUGGAACAUCUGCUUCGGGAACAUCAACGAGUACAUCAAAGCCAGUUUCGUAUGCUCAAGCUGUUAAUCCAUCUGGUCAAGCUUCGAAUCCCUCUUUAGAACCUUUGUGUCCAUAUGCAGAAGCAACUGGAAUCUGUAGAAAUACAAAUUGCACAUAUCUUCACGGUGAUAUUUGCGAGUUCUGCAGCCGCUGCGCCCUUCACCCACACAAUGAAGAAUUAAGGAAGAAACAUACAAAUGCAUGUGUGAAACAGCACGAAGUAGAUAUGGAAUUAUCUUUUGCUAUCCAACGCAGCAAAGAGAAAUCUUGUGGCGUUUGUUUCGAAACAAUAAUGGAGAAGUCGUCGCGAGAACAAAGGUUCGGUAUAUUGCCGAAUUGCAAUCAUUGUUUCUGUUUAACUUGCAUCAGAAAGUGGCGUCAAGCAAAACAGUUCGACAAUAAAAUUAUAAGGGCAUGCCCGGAAUGUCGUAUUCCCUCGGACUUUGUUUGUCCUAGUAUGUACUGGGUGGACACAAAAGAAGAGAAGGAAAAAUUAAUAAGGGAUUAUAAAGGCGCUUUGAGUACCAAAGAUUGCAAGUACUUUAACAAGGGUCGCGGCAAGUGUCCGUUUGGUAAUAAAUGUUUCUAUCUUCACGCACUUCCCGAUGGGACUAAAAAAGACGUGGGCCCACCUGUUCGACAGAGGCGCAAUACUGCUGAUGCUGAUAUCGACAUCUUGCAUCAACUGAUCUUAUGGGAUUUCCUCGAUGAAAGGGACGAUCGUUGGAUGUAUCUCGAUUUAGAAGAUAUCCCUUUCUUCUCAGAUUCCGACGAUUCCGAUUGGUCCGAUUAUGAGUUGUCGUUCGAUUAAGCAAGCAAAACUAUUCGAUCGACGCGAAACUGCCUUGAUAUCGCUGUUGUCAUUGCUACUCUGUUGCUACGUCGAUGCACACUUCCUUUACUAUUUACGCGCGGCUUUAGCAACUAAGAAAAUAUUAAAUAAUUAGCAAAUAAUUUGAAUAAUUAAUUCGAAGACGUUCUAGUGCUACGUAGAAGAAAAAAGAGAAAAUAAGAAAAAAUGUGCGCACUUUCCUAAAAUGA